AGAUUGUGGUGGGGCAGAGCGGGGUUUGUCCCUCCUACCUCUGUAGGGCGGCGGGGUUAGACAGGGUAAUAAGACAGACGUCAGAAGCUCCUUGAGUCUGCCUCUUGCUAUUUGGAGCCCAGGGACUUACCUAGUUUUGGCCCCUCUCUCUGGAGGUAUUCUGGGAUCCCUCCCCCAUUUUAGGCCCCUUGGUUAGAGGUACAACCUGCCUCAACUCCCCCACCCUCCAGCCCGGGAGGACACCUUCCCUUUGGAGAGAGUCUCUGGUGUCUCCAGCCCAGGAGGAUGCCUUCCUAUUGGAGAGAGUGGGAAUGAGAGCACUUUCAGCUGUUAUCAGACCCUAUUCCUGCGCGUGAAUGAGCUUUAGGUCCUUGGUUAAGAAAAGGUCUUGACUGGGGAGGCCGGAAGCUUGAGGGGAGUAGGGAGGGCAGGCUAUUGGUGGAAAGAGAGAUACAUUUAGAAGAAGGAGGUUGGAGACGCUCAUGGCAGACUGCUUAUUCUGCCCCUUUGCAGUUGAGGAGCCUGAGCCCUUCAUCCAGGGUAACACUGUCCAGAGAAGUAAAAUAAAUAAAUAAAUAAAAUGGGAGCCACAAGUACAAUUUAAAGUUUUCUAGUAACCACAUUAAAACAAAUAGAAAGAAACAGGUGACAUGAAUUUUAAUAGUAUAUUUUCCUUGACUAAACAUACCCCAAAUGUUAUUAUUUCAACAUGUAAUUAAGAUACAAAUGUUUAUGAGAUUUUGACAUUCUUUUUCCCUAUUGUCUUAGUGUGGGAUGAAAUUUUAUACUGGUAGCAACCUCCGUUUGGGUGACAGAUGUUUCCGGUACCCAACAGUCGUGUAUGACUGGUGGCUCCUAUACUGGGCAGCACAGAUCUAGAGCUUAUCACUGGGAGGCAGUGGUGGUAGGAGGUUUGGGGCUUCCCAGAGGGCAAGGAACCUCUAGGAUCUGGAGGUGUGGGCAGAGGUGGGCAGACAGAGGCCUUACAAGGGGAGCGACAAGCAUGUCAGUGAGCUUUGUGCUCGAGAUUUGACAUCCCUGAUUGGUGGUGGUAGCUGAGGCAUGGCGUGGCACUGAUUGAUCCCAUGCCAGACUCAAACAUGUCUCUGGGCUGUCAAUUCUGUCACUUCUGUGUCACUGUACUAGGGAACCAUACACAUGGGAAGAAUUCAAGGGCACCAACAUGAGAACAAUAUUCCCUUCCUUGCCAAAACUCCUGUCUUGUUAGCCUGAAAUUCUACCACCUGGCACUUUAGCUUAAGGCUCAACUACCUCUCUCUUGGGAAUGAGAACCCUUUCAGCUAUUAUCAGUCCCUUAUACCUUCCUGUGAAUGAGCUCUAGAUCCUUAGCUAAGAGAAGGUCUUGAGGGGGAGGCUGGGGAGUUUGAGGGAAGUAGGGAGGGAAGGGUGGAAAGAGAAAUACAUUUAGAAAAAGAUGAGGUUGGAGGUGCUAACAGCAGCAUGCUCAUUCUGCAGAUUUGACUCUAAGUUCCUGGAGCGGAGGGACCAUGUCUCACCCACAGGGACAUUCCACCAUCCAGUGCCGACCGCAGGGAAGGGGUUCAGCACACAUGGCCAAUUUAUGUUUCUGCACUAAAGUCAGUCUAGUGGGUUCCCCUGGAGGGAUCCUUUCAGUGCCACCCUGGGGAGAAGAGGAACUUUCCUGAAUGUUCCUGGUAGCCUCUUGCACUUCCCCGCUCUCUGGAUUCCUUAGAGAGGACUAGAGACCCAAGAAGGCCCAUAUGUCUGUAAGACAUUAGGCUUUGGAUUAAAAAAAGAGAGAGAAAUUUGGCGGCAGGCAAAAGGAAGGCCCUGUGAGAAAGCUGGAGCCUGCCCAGCCAUUGCCUCGGGCCCCAGCCCUGAAGGGCAUCUGCCUUUCCGAGGCGCGGUUUCUGGCAACUUCUUGAUUUUCGUGAGCAUUUCUGUAGCAGAAAUGUGCAGAUCCUGGGGGAGGCGGGAGGGCUAGAGGGGUAGGCUCAUCCUGUCCACCCUUUAGCUCUCCCCUGCUCAGAAGUUUUGCUGGGGAUGUGAUGAAGAUGGAAGAGGUGGCAGUGCCGUGGCCGAUGGCCAGCUGGGAGGGAGAGCGACAUCCAUGGGCACCACUCCACUCAGGCUUUGCGUUACCCUCACGGCUGUGGCUCUUGGUCCCAAUCCAAAAUAAUGACAUUUAGCAAGGAUACAUGUCAGGGCCCUGGAUCGGGUUAAAAAGAUCCUGCACGCCAGUGAUGGCCUGAGAGGCCAGCCCACCAGCUCAUGUGAAACGAGACCAAAGCCCAGCUCACCAGCUUGGGGUUUCGGGUACCCCUGAGCUCUGAACAAGUCAGCACUGUCGCACCCUGCUGCGUAAGAGCUGCUGCUAGCUGAGGCCACAGAAGGAAGGGCUGUAGUGACGUCCAGUGCUGAGGAGGAGGGGGCUCUGUGCCAGGCAGAGCCAUGCAGAGCAGGGCCCUUGGGGCUGGCCCCAUGGCAAGCAGGGCACACUGGACCAGUAGCACAGGCCCUGAUGAGAGACAGAUGGAAGAUCCCGUUUAGACUACAGAGAGGACUGGUGGCGGGGUGGGGGGUUGAGGGUGAUGCAAGAGCUGUCUUCCUUCACCUGGCUGGGGGCCUGUCACCUGCAGGAUAAGGUCACUAAUCCCAGCAAAUAGCCUGUUAGCUCAUCUAAGUCCCACACUGCUGUGAUGAUUUCAGGCAAGAAAACAUGGCUCAGAGAGGCUAAGUGACUUCCCUAAGAUCACACAGCCAGUUAGUGGCAGAACUGGGACAUGAACUCAGAUCUGUCUGACUCAAAUCCAUGCACUUGAACCCCAGACUAGCAUUUUCAGUAUAACUUCCUAGGGCAGAGCCCGGUGGCUGAGUUUUGGAAGGCCUUGCCUUUCCAGCCAAGUGUGCAGUUCAUCGGUAGACUGGAGGGCUGGGUCCCGGUUGUGGCUCCUCUUCUUCCCUGGCCCUUGCUCUUUCGGGAUGACCUUGGGAUGCUCAACUAACCUCUGUCUCUUUCUCUUUGUCUGUGUCUGUCUGUCUCCCUCUCUCUCCACCUCUCUUCGGGGAGGGAGGUUUUCCCUUCUUCUCUUUCAUCUUCUGUAUGUGUGCCCCUCUGUCCCUCCUGUCUGUCCAUCUACCUCUCUCCAAACCUCUGUUUCCCUACCUGUGCUUGUCCUGGUCUCUCCGCAGGACCCUCCGGUGGACAUGGGUGGGGCCCUGGGGCCGGCCCUGUUGCUCACCUCGCUCUUCGGUGCCUGGGCGGGGCCAGGGCCAGGGCAGGGCGAGCAGGGCAUGACGGUGGCCGUGGUGUUUGGCAGCUCGAGGCCACCCCAGGCCCAGGUCCGUGCCCGCCUCACCCCCCAGAGCUUCCUGGACCUGCCCCUGGAGAUCCAGCCACUCACAGUGGGGGUCAACAACACCAACCCCAGCAGCCUCCUCACCCAGAUCUGCGGCCUCCUGGGUGCUGCCCGCGUCCACGGCAUUGUCUUUGAGGACAACGUGGGCACCGAGGCGGUGGCCCAGAUCCUUGACUUCAUCUCCUCCCAGACCCAUGUGCCCAUCCUCAGCAUCAGCGGAGGCUCCGCUGUGGUCCUCUCCCCUAAGGAGCCGGGCUCCGCCUUCCUGCAGCUGGGCGUGUCCCUGGAGCAGCAGCUGCAGGUGUUGUUCAAGGUGCUGGAAGAGUACGACUGGAGCGCCUUCGCGGUCAUCACCAGCCUGCACCCAGGCCACGCGCUCUUCCUGGAGGGCGUGCGCGCUGUCGCCGACGCCAGUCACCUGAGCUGGCGGCUGCUGGACGUGGUCACGCUAGAGCUGGGCCCGGGAGGGCCUCGCGCGCGCACCCAGCGCCUGCUGCGCCAGCUCGAUGCGCCCGUGUUUGUGGCCUACUGCUCGAGCGAGGAGGCCGAGGUACUCUUCGCCGAGGCGGCGCAGGCCGGCCUGGUGGGGCCCGGCCACGUGUGGCUGGUGCCCAACCUGGCGCUGGGCAGCACCGAUGCGCCCCCUGCCACCUUUCCUGUGGGCCUCAUCAGUGUCGUCACCGAGAGCUGGCGCCUCAGCCUGCGCCAGAAGGUCCGCGACGGCGUGGCCAUUCUGGCCCUGGGCGCCCACGGCUACCGGCGCCAGCACGGAACCCUGCCAGCCCCAGCCGGGGACUGCCGCGCUCACCCUGGGCCCGUCAGCCCUGCCCGGGAGGCCUUCUACAGGCACCUACUGAAUGUCACCUGGGAGGGCCGAGACUUCUCCUUCAGCCCUGGUGGGUACCUGGUCCAGCCCACCAUGGUGGUGAUCGCCCUCAACCGGCACCGCCUCUGGGAGAUGGUGGGGCGCUGGGAGCAUGGCGUCCUAUACAUGAAGUACCCUGUGUGGCCUCGCUACAGUGCCUCUCUGCAGCCCGUGGUGGACAGUCGGCACCUGACGGUGGCCACGCUGGAAGAGAGGCCCUUUGUCAUCGUGGAGAGCCCCGACCCUGGCACAGGAGGCUGCGUCCCCAACACCGUGCCCUGCCGCAGGCAGAGCAACCACACCUUCAGCAGCGGGGAUGUGGCCCCCUACACCAAGCUCUGUUGUAAGGGAUUCUGCAUCGACAUCCUCAAGAAGCUGGCCAGGGUGGUCAAAUUCUCCUACGACCUGUACCUUGUGACCAACGGCAAGCAUGGCAAGCGGGUGCGCGGCGUAUGGAACGGCAUGAUUGGGGAGGUGUACUACAAGCGGGCAGACAUGGCCAUCGGCUCCCUCACCAUCAAUGAGGAGCGCUCCGAGAUCGUAGACUUCUCUGUGCCCUUCGUGGAGACGGGCAUCAGUGUGAUGGUGGCUCGCAGCAAUGGCACCGUCUCCCCCUCGGCCUUCCUGGAGCCAUAUAGCCCUGCGGUAUGGGUGAUGAUGUUUGUCAUGUGCCUCACCGUGGUGGCCAUCACCGUCUUCAUGUUCGAGUACUUCAGCCCCGUCAGCUACAACCAGAACCUCACUAGAGGCAAGAAGUCCGGGGGCCCAUCUUUCACCAUUGGCAAGUCCGUGUGGCUGCUGUGGGCGCUGGUCUUCAACAACUCGGUGCCGAUUGAGAACCCACGGGGCACCACCAGCAAGAUCAUGGUUCUGGUCUGGGCCUUCUUUGCUGUCAUCUUCCUCGCCAGCUACACGGCCAACCUGGCCGCCUUCAUGAUCCAGGAGCAAUAUAUCGACACUGUGUCGGGACUCAGUGACAAGAAGAGUCUCCAUUUGGAAAACACAGGAGUGGCCUGGACAGCCUUUAAGACCUUCUGCUCUGACUAUUUUCAGCGGCCUCAAGAUCAGUACCCACCUUUCCGCUUUGGCACGGUGCCCAACGGCAGCACAGAGCGGAACAUCCGCAGUAACUACCGUGACAUGCACACCCACAUGGUCAAGUUCAACCAGCGCUCGGUGGAGGACGCGCUCACCAGCCUCAAGAUGGGGAAGCUGGAUGCCUUCAUCUAUGAUGCUGCUGUCCUCAACUACAUGGCAGGCAAGGACGAGGGCUGCAAGCUGGUCACCAUUGGGUCUGGCAAGGUCUUUGCCACCACUGGCUACGGCAUCGCCAUGCAGAAGGACUCCCACUGGAAGCGGGCCAUAGACCUGGCACUCUUGCAGUUCCUGGGGGACGGAGAGACACAGAAACUGGAGACAGUGUGGCUCUCGGGGAUCUGCCAGAAUGAGAAGAACGAGGUGAUGAGCAGCAAGCUGGACAUCGACAACAUGGCAGGUGUCUUCUACAUGCUGCUGGUGGCCAUGGGGCUGGCCCUGCUGGUCUUCGCCUGGGAGCACCUGGUCUACUGGAAGCUGCGCCACUCGGUGCCCAACACAUCCCAGCUGGACUUCCUGCUGGCUUUCAGCAGGGGCAUCUACAGCUGCUUCAGCGGGGUGCAGAGCCUGGCCAGCCCACCGCGGCAGCCCAGCCCGGACCUCACGGCCAGCUCGGCCCAGGCCAGCGUGCUCAAGAUGCUGCAGGCGGCCCGCGACAUGGUGACCACGGCGGGCGUGAGCAGCUCCCUGGACCGCCCCACUCGCACCAUCGAGAACUGGGGUGGCAGCCGCCGUGCGCCCCCACCGCCCCCCUGCCCGACCCCGCGGUCUGGCCCCAGCCCAUGCCUGCCCACCCCCGGCUCGCCCCCAGAGCCGAGCCCCAGGGGCUGGAGACCGCCAGGCGGGGGUCGCGCGGCGCUUGUGCGCAGGGCUCCGCAGCCCCCGGGCCGUCCCCCGACGCCGGGGCCGCCCCUGCCCGACGUCUCCCGAGUGUCGCGCCGCCCAGCCUGGGAGGCGCGGUGGCCGGUGCGGGCCGGGCACUGCGGGAGGCACCUCUCGGCCUCCGAGCGGCGCGCGCUCCCAGAGCGGCCCCUGUCGCCCGCGCGCUGUCACUACAGCUCCUUUCCUCGAGCCGACCGAUCCGGCCGCCCCUUCCUCCCGCUCUUCCCCGAGCCCCCGGAGCCGGAGGACCUGCCGCUGCUCGGGCUGGAGCAGCUGGCCCGGCGGGAGGCCCUGCUGCACGCAGCUUGGGCCCGGGGCUCGCGCCCGCGCCACGCUUCCCUGCCCAGCUCCCUGGCCGAGGCCUUCGUUCGGCCCAGCUCGCUGCCCGCUGGGUGCACCUGCCUCACCUGCGCCCGCCCCGACGGCCACUCGGCCUGCAGGCGCUUGGCGCAGGCGCAGUCGAUGUGCCUGCCGACUUACCGGGAGGCCUGCCAGGAGGGCGAGCAGGCAGGGGCCCCCACCUGGCAGCACAGACAGCAUGUCUGCCUGCACGCCCACGCCCACCUGCCGUUUUGCUGGGGGGCUGUCUGUCCUCACCUUCCACCCUGUGCCAGCCAGGGCUCCUGGCUCUCUGGGGCCUGGGGGCCUCUGGGGCACAGGGGCAGAACUCUGGGGCUGGGCACAGGCUACAGGGACAGUGGGGGACUGGACGAGGUCAGCAGGGUAGCCUGUGGGACGCAAGGCUUCCCGGGACCCUGCACCUGGAGGCGGAUCUCCAGUCUGGAGUCAGAAGUGUGAGUUAUCAGCCACUCGGGCUUCGAGCCAGCUGGAUUCUCUGCCUGGCACUGUCAGGAUUAAGCGGCAGGCAGGAUUGGGCUUUUCUCGCUUCUACCAUGAAAUCCUGGCCAUGGGACCCCAGUGACAGAUGAUAUCUUCCAUGGUCAUCAGUGACCUCAGUAGCCUCAAAUCGUGGUGAGGGUUGGGCUUCUGCUGUCCUCUUAUCAUGCAGAGUUCUGCCAGGAGGGUGUGCUGUGGGGGUCAGACCCCUGAGGCUCUCCCUGCCCUGGGGCUAGCCAGUUACUGGUCAUGGCUGCUGUGGGCAUGGAGACUAGAACUUGUGGUUGAGGCAGGGUCAUCCUGAUCCUUGCUCUACCUGGCUGGAGUUUCUUCUCAUCAGAGCACUGGGACAUUAAACCAACCUUUUACAACACA